CCCUAAUGGUCAAGCAGAGACUGAAGCUAUCCCAACCAGUUAUUCCCCCGAAAUGAAGAGAACCGUCGUAAAAGUGAAUAUUAAUUGCCAAAUAUGCAAGAGCGAUGUUCUUAAAGCUGUCACCAAGCUUUCAGGUAUAGAUCAAGUAUCAGUGGAUGCAGAAAAGGGAUUGUUAACUGUGGUAGGAGAUGUCGAUCCAGUUCUGAUAGUGAAGAAGGUGAGGAAGAUUGGGAAAGCAGCAGAAGUAGUAAGCGUUGGACCUCCAAAGCCUGAGCCCAAAAAGUCUCCUAAAUACAUAUUGCUUCCUCCUUAUUGUAAUGACUGCCAAUUUGUUGGCGUCGGCUUUACUCCUUAUGAUGGCAGACUUUGCCACAUCCUUUGAUGGGAUUCCAACUAUGUACCACUUCAUUUGAUGGUUUUCUUUAAUCUGCCUUAAAAAUGUAAUCUACUUCCUUUACUCUGUCAUUUAUGGUAAUUUUAGCUCAUUUGAUUGUGGAAGUG